CAGGCAGGAUGGUCGGGAAAAGCCGCUCAGAAUCUGCAUAUUGUAGUCGGCACUUCCGCAGCUUAGAGUUUACACGACGUUUUCUUAUUAAUAGUGCGACUUAACCUACGGACUAAAUAGGACUUAAAGGGGGUUUAAAGCACGACUGCUUUGCGAUAGACACGCUUUACCACAGAGCACGCGAGAUCAAAUCUGUGUCAAGGGCUUUCAUCAUGAGUGUUCUGCCUCCUGUGCGCAAAGACCGCAUCAUUAGCCAGCUGCCUAAGUGCUUUAGUAAAUGGGCCACUUUACACACAGAAGAUGGAUUUAAUGCCAAAGUGAAGACAGCUUGCCAGGAGCAGAGGACUGGCACUGUGGGGUUUAAAAUAUCUAAGGUUAUUGUAGUGGGAGACUUGGCUGUAGGGAAAACUUGUCUGAUUAAUAGAUUUUGUAAAGAUGUCUUCGACAAAAAUUACAAAGCUACUAUUGGUGUAGACUUUGAGAUGGAGAGAUUUGAGGUGCUUGGAGUUCCAUUUAGCCUACAGCUGUGGGACACUGCAGGUCAGGAAAGGUUCAAGUGCAUUGCUUCGACGUACUACAGAGGAGCUCAGGCCAUAAUAAUCGUUUUUGAUUUGACUGAUGUGGCCUCGCUACACCAUACCAGGCAGUGGCUGGAGGAUGCCAUGAAAGAGAACGACCCCACUAGUGUGUUACUCUUUCUAGUAGGCACAAAGAAAGAUCUGAUUUCUCCGGCACAGUAUUCUCUUAAUGAACAGGACGCCAUUAAAGUGGCCCAAGACAUGAAAGCAGAGUACUGGGCUGUGUCUGCUUUAUCUGGGGAAAAUGUAAAGGAGUUUUUUUUCCGCGUGGCAUCACUAACAUUUGAGGCCAAUGUGGUGGCAGAGCUGGAAAAAAGCAGUUCCAGGCGUAUUGGGGAUGUUGUCAAAAUCAGCAGCAACACAAGUAACUUGUAUGCAACUUCAAAAAAGAAACACCCAAACUGCUGUCAGUAAAUAGACUGAAACCUUGCGAAAUUUGCACUAAAUUAAAUAAUGGUACCAAAGCAGAAACUAUGGGGGUACAGAUGGGAUUAGAGAGUAUAAAAUGUUUUUUUUUUUUUUUUAUGUGUUAAUUAGGAAUCAGUGGUUAGGUGAGGCUGGAGUUAACAUUUCUUGGUAGUAUUUUUUUCACUUAUUCUUUUUUAUUUCUGUGAUUUUAUAUGUAUGCACAAAAUCUGUGCUGCUAAUGAAUGAUUAUGGUACUAUGGUCUUGUAUGGUAGAUAUAACAGUGUCUACUAUGGUGUUAUGUAUGGUAGAUAUUAUAACAGUAUCAGAAAAUGUAUAAAUUCUUUAACAGGUUACAUUUAUUGUAGUUUUAUAUUAAGAAACAGUUGAAAUAAAGUAAUUUUAACUAC